AGUAGUUAUAUAAUUUGACAUGAAUAGCAACAUAGAUCCGUGCAAUGCAGUCAAAAGCGCAAUUGUACAUAAAAGUAUUUCAGGGACAUAGAAGUGCAAAAUCAUAAGCUUUUAAGUUUUAAGCGUGAUUUUGACUACAUUAUAACUGAAAAGUGCGAUUAUACGUAGACGCAUUUUGGUGACCUAGAAACGUAAAUCAUAAAUUUCUAAGUUUUAAAGCGUAAAAUCCUUGUAAUUUGGAUUAAUAGUGAAUAAAAAAUUUAAAUCGAGUUAAAAUGAACGAGAUUUUUUUGUCACAGUGAACCAAUUAUCAAGAAAAAAUAAAUUUGAUCAACUAUUCAUAAGUAAUGGAAAUAACAUCUCACAACAUUAAAUUAAUUUACAUACUUUCCAAUAUACUUUUUCCUUACCACUUUCCUCCAUAUAACAACAUUUUUCUUCCUUUCCAAACUUUCCCUCCCUUCCAAAUUUUCCUUCCAUCUUUCGAAAACAAAGUGUAAAAAAUAGAGGGUAAGUGUCCAAAGUAUUUGGAUUAACCUAUCAACUCAUCGAAAUUAACAUUGUAAGUAAUAUACAAAGUUCUCAUUAUGAUGCAAAUAACUUCAAUCCAGACCUUUCCACACAAAAUAAUAAUAAUAAUAAAACUUCAAUCCAGACCAAACUACAAAUAAGCUUAAAACUCACACCAUUCUUAUUCCUUCCUUUUCUUAAAAACUCCUCUUUUUUGUCGUAUUUAUUCUCUGACAUCGUCAUUUUUGUUGUUGAUGUAUACACAUUCCAGUUGAUCAAAUCUAAUUCUAAUUGUUUUGUUCCGAAGCAAAUAUAUUUGGGAGUGAUUCGUCAGAAAGCUUCAUAUGACCAUUUUUUUUAUGGAAAACUUAAGAGCCAUGGACAUAAAUUAGAAGUCCUUUUUGGUUAGUUAACAUUAAGUUUAAUGACAUAGUCGUUAAACACAAAAGUAUAGUGAUAAUUUGAUUCAGAGCCCCGAAGUUGAAUGACCAAUUCUGUAAUUGAAUCCACAAUAACCUCGUCGCUCUCUUCUCGGCCCAGAUCUAGAGAGCAGAGAGAGAUAGAGCCACUGGACUGGAAUACAAAUUUGCGUCUCUCUGCUCUUUUUUCCCUUCGUCUUCAUGUUUUCUCCCUUCUUCUCUCUUUCACUCCGUUGAUCUCACGGCUUUCCUCCCUCUAAAACAGUCAACGUAAUCACAUUCUCACCAUCUAGUAUACAGGCUCUGGAGCUCUUGUUCGCCGGCGCACACUUUUUUUUGGUUGUGGCUGUGAUUCUUGUCCUUCUCGCGAUCUCUUCUUGUACUGCUCAGAUCUAAGGUAAAUUCCUCGUCCUUUCUUCUGUAAAUCGGUUAAUUACGGUGUUAAUGCCAUGGAUUCUUGUGGAUCCAAGUUAGUUGGAUUCGGUUGUACUGUUUCCCAUUCAUGUGAGUUCAUGUUUAAUUGGAGCGAAUUCUCGACGCUGGAUUGGGAACGUGUGCAAUUCGUGUGUUUUCUCGGUAUCUGAAUCUGAGAAUUGGGGGGUGGGUGAAUCGAUUGAUGCGUUUCUUAGAUUGGCUAGAGGUAUAAUUGAAUGCGUGAUUUCGAUCUGACUGGAGCUUGGAUUGUUUGUUUUCUUCUCUGUUUCAUUGGUCAGGGAAAGAUGCUGACGAAAUUCGAGACGAAGAGUAACAGAGUAAAGGGAUUGAGUUUCCAUUGCAAGAGGCCAUGGAUAUUGGCCAGUCUUCACAGCGGGGUGAUUCAGCUAUGGGACUAUCGAAUGGGCACUCUGAUUGACCGGUUUGAUGAGCAUGAUGGCCCGGUUCGAGGGGUUGAUUUCCACAGAUCUCAACCUCUGUUUGUCUCAGGAGGUGAUGAUUACAAGAUUAAGGUUUGGAAUUACAAGCUGCAUAGGUGUCUCUUUACUCUGUUGGGUCACCUGGAUUACAUCCGUACGGUGCAGUUUCAUCAUGAAAAUCCAUGGAUUGUGAGUGCAAGCGACGAUCAGACUAUCCGCAUAUGGAACUGGCAGUCUCGUACUUGCAUCUCUGUGCUGACAGGCCAUAAUCAUUAUGUUAUGUGUGCCUCAUUCCAUCCUAAAGAAGAUCUUGUUGUGUCAGCUUCUCUGGACCAGACUGUCCGUGUUUGGGACACUGCUGCAUUGAGAAAGAAGACUGUGUCUCCUGCUGAUGAUAUCAUGCGUUUAGGUCAGUUGAAUGGAGAUCUUUUCGGUGGUAUUGAUGCAGUUGUUAAGUACGUCCUGGAAGGUCAUGACCGUGGAGUAAACUGGGCUUCGUUCCAUCCGACACUGCCCUUGAUUGUCUCUGGAGCAGAUGAUCGUCAAGUGAAGUUGUGGCGUAUGAAUGAUACAAAGGCAUGGGAAGUCGACACUCUGAGGGGACACAUGAACAAUGUUUCAAGUGUUAUGUUCCAUGCCAAGCAAGAUAUCAUCGUCUCUAAUUCAGAGGACAAAAGUAUUCGAGUUUGGGAUGUAACGAAGAGAACUGGGCUUCAAACUUUCCGUCGUGAGCAUGACCGGUUCUGGAUCCUUGCAGCUCACCCGGAGAUGAAUCUUCUUGCUGCUGGUCAUGACAGUGGCAUGAUUGUGUUCAAGUUGGAAAGAGAAAGGCCUGCUUUUGCUGUGAGCGGUGACUCUCUGUUUUAUGCAAAGGAUCGGUUUCUGCGGUUUUUCGAGUAUUCCAGUCAGAAGGAAAACCAGGUCAUUCCCAUCAGGCGACCUGGUACCACAAGCUUGAAUCAGAGUCCAAGAACUCUUUCUUACAGUCCUACAGAAAAUGCAGUUCUGUUGUGUUCAGAUGUAGAUGGGGGGUCCUAUGAGUUGUAUAUCACUCCAAAGGAUAGCUUUUCAAGGGGCGAUACUGUACAGGAAGCAAAGAGAGGGGCAGGGGGUUCAGCUGUCUUCAUUGCCCGUAAUAGAUUUGCCGUGCUCGACAAAAGCACCAAUCAAGUGUUAGUCAAGAACCUAAAGAAUGAGGUGGUUAAAAAGAGCGGUCUUCCAAUUGCAACAGAUGCAAUUUUUUAUGCUGGGACUGGUAACGUGCUUUGCAGAGCUGAGGAUAGAGUGGUCAUAUUUGAUCUUCAGCAGAGGCUUGUGAUUGGAGAGCUUCCUACACCUUUUGUGAAGUAUGUUGUUUGGUCUAAUGACAUGGAAACUGUUGCCUUAUUGAGCAAGCAUGCAAUAGUCAUCGCAAACAAAAAGCUUGUGCAUCAAUGCACCCUUCAUGAAACAAUUCGUGUAAAGAGUGGAGCCUGGGAUGACAACGGUGUUUUCAUAUACUCUACUCUAAACCACUUCAAAUAUUGCCUUCCGAAUGGAGACAGUGGUAUAAUCAAAACCCUUGAAGUCCCACUAUACAUUACUAAGGUCUCUGGAAAUACCAUCUUUUGUCUGGAUAGAGAUGGCAAGAACAGGGCUAUUGCCAUUGAUGCCACUGAGUACAUGUUCAAACUUUCUCUGUUCAAGAAGAGAUAUGAUCAUGUUAUGAGCAUGAUUAGGAACUCACAGCUGUGUGGUCAGGCCAUGAUUGCUUAUCUGCAGCAGAAGGGAUUCCCUGAAGUUGCUUUGCAUUUCGUCAAGGAUGAAAGGACCCGAUUCAAUUUGGCUCUGGAGAGUGGGAACAUACAGAUUGCUGUUGCUUCAGCUAAGGAAAUUGAUGAGAAAGACCAUUGGUACAGGCUUGGAGUUGAGGCCCUUCGCCAGGGAAAUGCUGGUAUUGUUGAAUAUGCCUAUCAGAGAACUAAGAAUUUCGAGAGGUUGUCUUUCUUGUAUCUGAUAACGGGGAAUCUAGAGAAACUUUCAAAAAUGCUGAAAAUUGCUGAGGUCAAGAACGAUGUCAUGGGUCAGUUUCACAAUGCUCUCUACUUGGGUGACAUUGAGGAGCGCGUGAAGAUCCUGGAGACUGCUGGCCAAACACCCCUAGCGUACAUCACAGCUAAAGUGCAUGGCCUGGAGGAGUUAGCUGAGCGCCUAGCAGCUGAAUUAGGAGAUAACAUUCCAUCUUUGCCUGAGGGUAAAGUUCCUUCUCUUCUCACGCCUCCAACCCCCAUCACCUGUUCUGGUGAUUGGCCUCUACUGAGAGUUAUGAAAGGUAUAUUUGAAGGGGGUCUGGAAAAUACAGCCAGAAUGGAUGAUGAUGAAGAAGAAGCUGCUGAGGGUGAUUGGGGUGAGGAGCUGGAAAUGGUUGAUGCUGAUGGUAUACAAAAUGGUGAUGGCACAGCUGCAUUGGAGGAUGGCGAGGCAGCUGAAGAUAAUGAGGAGGAAGGUGGUUGGGAUCUUGAAGAUUUGGAUCUGCCUCAAGAGGCUGAUACACCAAAAGCCUCUGUCACUGCUCGAUCUUCUGUUUUUGUGGCUCCAACUCCCGGAAUGCCUGUCAGUCACAUAUGGACUCAAAAGUCGUCACUUGCUGCUGAGCAUGUGGCAGCAGGCAAUUUCGAUACGGCUAUGAGAUUGCUCCAUAGGCAAAUUGGAAUAAAAAAUUUUGCUCCGUUGAAAUCUAUGUUCCUUGAUCUUUACACUGGAAGUCAGUCUUACUUACGUGCUAUGUCAGCAACUGCAGUGGUAGCACUGGCGGUUGAACGAUGGAACGAGUCUGCAAGCCCCAAUGUGAGAGGCGCUCCAGCGCUGAUAUUUAAUUUUGCUGAGUUGGAAGAGAAGUUGAAGGCUGGUUAUAAAGCCACCACAGCUGGGAAAUUUACUGAGGCUCUGAAGCUCUUCCUCACCAUUCUUCACACAAUUCCUCUCAUUGUUGUGGAGAGUAGGAGGGAGGUUGAUGAAGUCAAAGAGCUGAUUAUAAUUGUGAAGGAAUAUGUUCAGGGGCUACAGAUGGAACUCAAGAGGAGGGAAAUGAAGGAUGACCCAGUUCGUCAACAGGAGCUUGCUGCCUACUUCACACAUUGCAAUCUUCAAACCCCUCACUUGAGACUUGCCUUGCUGAAUGCAAUGACGGUUUGCUACAAAGCUAAGAACUUUGCUACAGCUGCUAACUUUGCCAGGCGGCUCUUGGAGACUAACCCACCAGUUGAGAAUCAUGCAAAGACUGCGAGGCAAGUGCUGGCAGCUUCUGAGAGGAACAUGACAGAUGCUACUCAGCUGAGCUAUGAUUUCAGGAAUCCGUUUGUGGUCUGCGGUGCUACGUAUAUUCCCAUAUACAGAGGACAAAAGGAUGUUUCUUGCCCAUACUGUUCUGCCCGUUUUGUUCCUGCCCAAGAGGGGCAGAUAUGUGCAGUUUGCGGUCUUGCUGUUGUUGGGGCAGAUGCUUCUGGCUUGAUAUGUUCAUCCUCUCAAAUACGGUAAUCGAGAUGGCAAACUAGCACCGGGUUCCCAGUGAGUUUUCAGCCCAGCCUGAACUGUGAGAGGCGGAGUUUCAGAGUAAGAAUGACUUCAGGCAGGGUGUAUAGAUAGGAAAUGAUGGAAACUGAGUGAGUAAAACUAUCUUCUGAGCUGUUUUUUUACCUUACCUCUUAUGUUGUUUCCUUGUUUUUCCAAAAUAUAUUACUUUUAGUUCGGUUUCUUGGAUGUAAUAAACCAAGUUUGAGAAUUUUGGAGCAACUCUCUAUUCAUGUUAGGUUGCCGAUAGAGUUGGUCAUGAUUGAUGCCCAUUUUGGUUUUGAUGACUUCGGACGAUGCCUUUUUUGUUGUGUAUUUUGCAAGUUGAUGUUCUUCGCUCUAAGCAUUGCAUUAUACAUGGUUGUUUAUUAUCAGCAUUAAUUUCUUUGCCAUAUUUUCCUUCCGUGUCGAAGUCGAAAUGUUGAACCUCGUGUGCUCAUUUGGUUUACCUUCUUGGUGCACUAGACAUUGGAACUCAUGCUGCUACCUUGGCUAGCCAUUUGUGGUGCAACAGCCGUAACAGGCUACAUUUCGUUAUGGCAAAAUACACCUGUAUAGCCAUAACUUUCACAUUUUUGACAAAUAUAGCCAUUUCUAUUCGAAAACCACAAAUAACCAGUUCCGUCCAUUUUGGUAACGGUGUUAGCAGACGGAGUGACUGUACUAACGGUUUGCGCUGAGUUGGCAACUGAGUUACCCCACUUUCCGACGUGGCAAUCAGACUUAAAAAAAAAAAAAUUAAACUGAUCAGCUGCCCACCACCAGUCGCGACUCAACCUUAUCCCUUCAGUUUUUUUUUUCUUUCCCCCUUAACCUUUCUUCUUCCGACCACGACAACCCCCAAUAACCACUGACAACCCCCCCCCCCCCCCCCCGAUAACCCACGACAACCCGCCGGUGGAUUCCUUCUACCUUUUCCGAUCUUCCUCCUAUAACCCCUUCCUCCUUCCGUUCAUCGCCCCAAUCGGCAAUAAACCCGAAUCCCUAACUUCGAAAACCACAGCUUUUAUCAUCCCCUUCACUCUCCCUUCCAAUGGCGAACCACAUGCAUCCUGACUAAUCCACCGGUGUUAAAGUUUCUAACGGAUUUGGCUAGAUUUGUCACACUACCCUCAGUUUUUUGGGUUAUUUGUGGUUUUCGAAUAGAAAUGGCUAUAUUUGUCAAAAGUGUGAAAGUUAUGGCUAUACAAGUGUAUUUUGCCUUUCGUUAUUAUUGAAUUCGUUCAACAGCCACAUCUGGCUUUCGGUGUUGGAUGUCUUUGGCAUCUAAAGAGGCCAUGCUCAAGCUGAUUGCACCCUUAUGGUUUUCGCUGCGUCGUCAGCCCCUGCACACAUACAUUUGCUGCCGUUUGAAUGUAAUUGUGGGGUGUUUUUGGCGGGAUAAUCGGGUUUCUGAAUUCGGUAUCCAUUAGCAAUAGCAUCAGCUGCCAUCUCUCCUUGAGGUUCGCUAGCUCGCCUGUUUAGCAGCUGCUGUAAUGCUCAGUCUUGCAUCUUGCAAGCCAGGAACAUGAACCUUAGCCGGGAACUGUUGGCUCUUCAAACCUUUAUUAGGUAUCGCACACUCGUAUUCGUGGCCCUGAUCAUUUCCGUUGCACUCGAUGUCUCUGAUGAUCGUGGUGAUCCGAGCUUCGGUGGUGCUUCUCUUUCUGGCUUUGUUUUGGGAAUCUCAACUAGUCGUCUAGUCGAAUAUUUCUCAUGCGCUGAAUAAGGUUUAGUCGUUAAG